CCGCACCCAGGAUAGGAUACCUCCUCUACACCAUCAGCACCCGCAAUGUCCUACGAGGAUAACAAUCCAUUCUCAUCCUCUCCAACGGAGGACAACCGCCCAAGCUCGUUCCAUCCUUACUACUAUGCCUCAGGCUCGACGUCGAGGGAGGAGCACGAGCAGGAAGCGGAACCACAGCAAGAACAGACUACCGGGUCCCCAGCAUUCGGUGAGGGUGAGGACGAGGAGGUGCCGGCGGAGUAUUCAGGUGGUCUGAGCAUUGGCGACAGGAGGGAAGCGACAGAAUCGAGCGAACCGCCAAGCAAGCACGACGAAAGUGAUGAAGACGUUUUGAGACCAAAGGACCCGUCUUCAUGCUGCCGCAUUGGCCAGAUCCUCGCCAGCAUUAACACCCAAGACGGGGGCAUCACAAUCACGGAAGCGUCAAAAUCCAGCGAAGGCAACUUCGUUGUCUACACCAUAUCUCUUACUUCCUCCUCAAACUCGGGAGGGAACUACACCUGGGGCCAAAACAACCUCAUCCCCGUCCGCCGACGAUACUCCGAUUUUGCAUCUCUCCACAAAUUUCUUUGUCGACUCUAUCCAACAUGCAUCAUCCCACCAAUCCCGGAGAAGCAAUCCGCCGGAGCAUAUGUCGCACACCCUACAAAAGCCAAGGAAGACGUCACUGUCAUUGAGUAUCGAAAGCGUGCUCUCACUGUCUUUCUGAGGAAAUGCGCGAUGCAUCCCCAUCUUCGUGCUAGCCACUUUUUCCAUAGGUUCUUGGAGAACGACGUCAGCUGGAGCGAGAUCAAUCACACCCCACCCCUCAACACCCUCCCAAAAUCCCUAUACCAUGCACCACCCAUCAACCCCUCCUCCCCAACACCCGCACACGCACACCUACCCGCGCCCUCCUCCUCCUCCAUUCUCACCGCUCGCCAGAAUGCCGCCGGCUACCCCGACCUCGACGCACGCCUCAAGGAGUUCGAACGCACACUCGCACCCACCAUGGAGAAAACAUGUAGACGCCUCGUCCGCCGUUUAGCCGACCUGAGUGCCGAAUACGCCGAACUCGGCGCCGCAUACAACGGGUUCUCACUUACCUCCACAACCCUCCCAACACUGCUCGAGCGUUGCGGACAAGCCUCAGAUCACACCUACCUCGCCGUCGCUGCCCUCGCACAAUCCAUCGCCACCGGUUUCGGCGAGUCGCUGGUUGAACGGAGAGGGUCUGUGGAGGCUGUGAGGGAUGUACUUAAGUUUCGGGCGGGGAAAGAAGCGCAGUAUAUCGCUACGAGGGAGGCAUUGCAGAAAGCCAAGGAGACGUUGGAACAUCUCGAGAAAUCUGAGUUAGAGGCGAAGAGGAUUGAUGGGAUGUUAUCUCGGAUCCAAGGCCCCUCAAUCACCUCCUCCCCCACCUGCCCCGACGACGAUAUCCCACCCCCCGAAGACGUCGCCAUCCCACCCCCAACAGACCGCAAAAAGCGCUCCGGAUCAAGCGGAAUGGGAAUGUCCGCAGUCCUCGGAAAACUCAACCACGCAUUCCAAGGAAUUCUGGAUCAAGACCCGUCCACCACGCGCCGGAAUCAGAUUGGGAAGACGAGGGAGAUGAUUGUGCAGUUGACGUCUGGGGUAGAGGUUGCGGAGAGGGAUAGGAGGGUUUGUGAUGAGGCUGUUAGGAGGGAGAUUGAGAGGUACUUCGGCUCAGUCACAUACUCGGCGGAGGGGAAGGCGGAGGAGGGUGAAGGUGAGAGUGAGGGUGCGGAGGUGCGUGAUGGUAGAGCGGCGGGAGGUGUAUCCGGUGUUGCGCUGAGGGACAUGAUGUCCGGAUGGGCUGGCGCUAUGACAGAGUUCGGGAGGAGGGGGGUCGAGGGGUGGCAAGAUGUUUUGGCGGAGAUUGGGGAGUAAGGUGGACUGUGGUCUGUAGGAUGGGGGUUGGGAUAUGGCGUUGUUUGGAUAUUGAUACCUUCC